GCCUUGGGGGGAUACAAAUGGCUCAAAGCCCAACCUUGAAACCGUUUUGAUUCCUCUAGCUAACAAAGUGGGGCCAAGACGUCCUUUGCUGGGCCCAGUGGCAGGUGACACGAGAGGGUCGAAUUUGACUGUAAUUCUUCACCAAAGACCUCAUGCAUUGGGUCAGGGGACAGUGGGACGGAGGAACACUUGGAACAUCUUCGCGGGCUUCAGCGCGUUGCGUGCGCUGUGCGUGUGCCGCGCGCCCGGAUGGCUCGGCGAGUCCUCCUGAUCCUAGCGCUGGCCAGACUGGGCGAGGCGCAGGUGGCAGAGGUGGAGGCCAAUGGUUCGCAGGCGCAGGCGCCGUGUCAAGGAGUGGACUCCAACGAGACCCUCGCGUCGUGGUGUUGCAUCCAUCAUGGCAUUGCGUGUGGCGCCAAUGCGAGCAAUGCAAGCAGCGUUGCGAGUAGUAACGCGAAUUCGAAGAAUGGGAGCUUCAAUUGUACAGAUGAGACCUUCUCAGAGGCCAAGCAGCAGUGGUGCUGCACCCAUGAACAGCUGGGAUGCGAGCCCAACCGAACCAGCCUGACGGAGCAGAAUGUGUCCGUUUCCCCGAGCUACGCCUGCGAUGGCAAUCGCUCGCAGUGGACGAGCAUGCAAUGGAGCUGGUGUUGCGAGCAGAAAGGCCUUGCUUGCAACAACAGUAAUGUCUCUGACACUCAAGCCUUCGACUGUACUGCCGAGGCAGCGGCCACGUGGUCGGAGCGGCAACGGCAGUGGUGCUGUGCGUCCGGACGCUGUCCGAGCACGAGCAGCACGAGUGAAAGCCACCAGGACACGUCCACCGCCGCGCCGACGUCCACAUCUGUCGUGGCGGAUGGCGUCGCGGAUGGCGACUGCGGGCGAGCGGCGACGCUGACUCGCGCGCAAAGGGAUUGGUGUUGCGAGACGAGGGGAGUCGCAUGUCAGCCGAUGAUAGUGGAUCCGAUACGAACCGACUGUCAAACAAGUCCGAACUCCUGGGCCGCGGAGAAGAGAGCCUGGUGCUGCCAGCACGAGCAGCGCGGCUGUGACGUGGAAGCGCCGACGGAGGCGCCCUUCCAGUGUGACGGUGAGAUGGAGGGAUGGACUCAGCAGAGGCAGACCUGGUGCUGUCAGCAGAAGAAUGUGGGAUGCAAAGAAGUCAAGGGGGGCUUGGAUCCGUCCGUGGGAACGUGCAGUGGAAACAUCGACCUCUGGUCUUUGAACAAGCGGCUCCGGUGUUGCUUAGAGAAGAAGGUGGGUUGCCCCGAGGAAGAGCUCGGCGAUGCCAACGGCCCUUCAACCACGAGGAUGCCCUCCACGAGUAGUACCUUUGAGCCCUUCAACUGCCAUGCAGAUCCGGUUGAGGACUGGCCAGUGCAGAAGCAGAUUUGGUGCUGUCGAACCAAGGAGUUGGGGUGUCCGUUGCGCCGAACGAGCUCCGCUCCCUUCGACUGCACGACCCGCGACGAGUGGGCACCGGUGAAGGCGCAGUGGUGUUGCUGGAACAUGAAGGUGGGGUGCCCGGAAUUCGAUUGUGAAGACGGCUAUUCCAAUUGGAAAAUGGGCUUCAGCGAGCGCAAGAAGCGCUACUGUUGCGAGCACUUUGGCAUGGCCUGUGAGGAGAAGUUCGAAGAAGCGGAGCACUAUAGGUGCCGGGGCGAUCCGGAAGAGUGGUCCAUCGACGAAAAGCAGUGGUGCUGCUUAGUGGAGCAUCGUGGCUGCUUGAGCGAAGUGGAAGAAGAGCUCGAGGCGACCUACGACUGCUCCAUGAGCGCUUUGUCCACUGCGAGCCUUCAGCAGAGCACCUGGUGUUGCUUUGAGAAGGGCAUCGGUUGUGAGGUGGACGCUGGAGCUUAUUAGGGGAGGGAGGCGGGUCGAGUCGGAUGGACAGGGCACAAGGGAUGAUAUGCAUACACCCCGGAAGAAGACGAUCCCAUGGACCCUGAGUACUACCACGUCGGUUGGUAGAGGAGCCUACACUCGGACCCAGGGGGGCCAGCCAGGACCCGGGUCUAUGUGAGUGGACUCGGGAGUGUAUACUCUGAUGGAAAAGCAGAUUCCAGUCCACUUGUUGAUCGACCAAGAUGUUGCGACCCGCGAUUUGGUAUGAUUUUGCUCGCGAUAUAGGCGCGAUAGCUCUUGCGCAUUCUUGCCACUCUGCAGAUGGCAGACCAAAUAUCACAGACACCUAUAGCUCGUUUAGAUUCCUGUCUAGAAAUCUGAUCACAAAUGGAGCUGGAGGAGUUGUGCCAUCCAGCUUUGAAGUCGUUGAAAGGAAGGACUGAACGGCUGAGAGCGAAUCUUCGGACGCUCCUGUCGCACCUUCUAAGAAGGUGUUUGAGGUGGGUGCCAGGAGGGUCCAGUCAUACCUUCAGAGGAGGUACGACUGGAGCCCUAGGGACUGGUGAGAAGUCUCUCCAUGUCUCUCCAUGUCUCGAUUCCCAAAUGUUCCACGGUAUUUCAGGAUCCGCCCUCCGCCGCUAGCUCGGCGGAGGGGCAGUCGAUUUCCGCUGUCCGAAACGCCCCCCGAAACGCUGUCCUCGGCUGCGAGGAAAUGGCCGACGGCCCGUCGGACGCAACGGACUCCUUGUGAGUUGUAGAGUGACUGGCCCUAAACCCUUCCAAAAGUGGUGGCAAGUGUGCUCCAAAGGUCUCGGGCGAGUUCGUGAGUUACCUAUGUUCCAUACGGUUCCAGUGAUAUUACACUUUUGACAUCCAAGCCUAAGCCUACCAGGCAAAUGCUGUGGAACCAAGGAAUCGUUAGCUGGCAAUCAAUGGCAGCAGGCGCAGGUGCAGGUGGAGGAGGAAGAUGAUUCUUCCUUCUACUUCGUCACUUGGGCGGAAAAAGAUCACCCAGGUGGUCCCGCAUUCUGUUCCUUCUGGGUCUUGUGGGAUCUUCCGAGUCAUCCUGGAUGAUUCCCUUUGGGGUUCAUCACCCUCCAACCCUCAUGUCACCUAGUGUCACCGUCCACCCCCUUGUUGUGUCGGACGUCGCAUUGACCGUUGCGGCGCGCGGAAAUGACGCGCGCGCGGAAAGCGUGUCGCGCGUUGCGUUCCUCGCGUUCCUCGCGGAAGGCGCGACGCGCUGCGUCAUGCGAAGCUCGCGAUGCCUUUCGCGGAGGUCUUGCUGCUUUUGAUUCUGCUGGUGAUGCUCAUCUACAACCGCGCCAAGGGUUCCUGUGAGUCCCGAAAUCGACGGACCUGGAGCUUUGGACCCUCCCCACAAGGCACCGCCUAUGGCCGAGGCGGGCGAGAGGGGGUGGAGAGAAAAUGAGAGGUGCCAUGUUGCUUUGUAGUUUCCCGAACUGGGUAUAAAUCCCCUGGCAUGGGGAAUAUCUAAUAUGUUGUGUUGUGUGUGUUUCUUUUUAAAAAAAUGUGUGUGUUGUUUUGUUUUUUUGAACUCGCUUUCUGGACAGCAAUCCAAGAAAGUGUUUUGAUCUACAGGCAGGAAGAUUAACAGAUUAACAUGGAACUCGAAAAUGGACCGAAAUGGAAGACUAUAUAAGACGAUUUUCCAGUACAGCCCAGGGAUUUUCAGGUUCCAUGUCAUGUUCAUCGUUGUUCCAAAGGAGGAAGCUCGUGCUGAGUGCCGCACUCGGUGAAGGAGGGAGAGUCUCAAGAGCUCAGGCAGCGAUCCUUUCCAAAACAAUGAGAGAAACAGGCUGAUGUGCCGGUCAAAAGCUCAUGCAUGAAACUAUCCUCCCAGUUGUUUUUCAAUUAUACAGAUGUUUUUGACUUGUGUUAUAUACCAGCAGUCACAUGUCGGGGUGCGAUCCAU